ACAACAAAUUCUGUUUACAAAAAUGCUUAAAGAAGAUAUUUGGAAACGUUCAAAGCCCAUUGUCGCCAAGGAUCACAUCGGAGCGAUUCUGCCAGCGACUGUCCGGCCGGAUCCCAUUCCCGAGAACUGCGACGACGAGCGUCCGUGCAUGGGCUACAUCCUCGGAUGGGAGUACGGCCGCAAAUGGCUGGAGCGUCGGGACUACAUCAAGCGUCACCAGGCGGUGAUAAAAUCCAUGGUCCUGAUAGUACCGGACUUCGCCUGGUGGGUGAACCAGCGCCGUCCCCUCUACGCGCGCAAGCAGCGCUUCCAUUCCAAGCCCAAGGCGAAGUCCGGACAGUGGCAACCGAUGACCGCCUUUGCAGAGGGCAAGCAGCGUCGUGAGGCCCAGGAACGCCGUAUUCGGGAGUACCGCGAUAAGUCUAACAUUAAAAGCCCGUAGCGGGACAUUUUCAAGGAUCUAUUGCGGAUCCACAGUAAAACACAGCACACUUAAAGGGCACACCAGAACACGGAAACGAAUGUAACAACACUAGUGACAAAAGCCAACCAUAAAUUUUCACAUAUUACAUUAUUUGUGUGGAGAACAGUCUUUUCGAGAAACUCAUAUUGUAUGUCCCAAUGGCUUUACACGAAUAAUCAAUCCAUUAAAUACUGAUGCAUAGUGUUAA